GCAGAUUUAAUUACAUUUUUGUUUCUUGCCAUUUCUUUGAUUUUUCUCAUUUUUUCUUCUUGAAAACAAAAAGGACGAACAAAUCCGCUUCUUCCUUUUGUUAAUAGCAAUCGCUUCGAAUUAUUUCGUGAUUAAUUCAAUUAGUAAAAUCCAAAAUUAUAAAUAAAUAUGGCUGUAAGUAAACGCGCGAUACAAUUAGGAUCCAAUUCCGCAAUUUAUUUGACCAAAUUCCGAUCCAUUUGCUCCUCUUCGUCUUCUUCUCCUUCAAGUUCGAAUACUCUCACCAGUAGAUUCGAUUAUCCUCUCGUUAAAACUAACGGAAAACGCGCAUUUCUUGUCGAUACUUUAGCUCUGGUGAGGAGCUUGGAAGCGCAAGGCGUACCGUCGAAGCAGGCGGAGGCGAUUACAUCGGCGAUAACUGAGGUGUUAAAUGAUAGCUUGGAGAAUGUAGCUCAGUCCUUUGUUUCCAAGUCUGAAAUGCAGAAGAAUCUUAUGAUUCAAGAUUCGAAUCUGUCGAAGUUUAAGUCCGAGUUACAGAGUUCUCAGGAGCAUCAUAUUUCUGUGCUGCAACGUGAGCUUGAAAAACUGAGGAGUGACUUGGACAAAAUGCGCAGCGAUAUGAGGUACGAAAUUGACAAGGUCACAGCUGGGCAACGUCUGGAUUUGAAUCUUGAAAGAGGGCGCAUACGUGAUGAGCUAACUAAUCAGAAUGCAGAAACCAACAAUCUUACAAACAAGCUAGACCGGGAAAUUCAUGCUUUAAGAGCCCAGCUGGAAGCUGCUAAGUAUGAAGUGAUUAAAUACUGCAUAGGUACCCUCGUCUCUAUAUCUGCAGUUGGCCUUGCUGUUCUCCGUAUUUUGUUGUAGUUCAUUUUCUUGGCUAUUUUUGGCAAAAUUUCAUUCUUUUUUAUGGCAAUUGUUGCCAGACAAUAUUAAAGUUGGUUGAUAGUCAUUUCUUGUAAAAAGAGGCGAUGUCCUCGUGAUUAGACUUAGGUCCGUAGUCAGCGUAACAGAGUUGUGCAACUCCGUUCACAUUGUUAGGCUUUUGUGUUGUUAUUGAGAAGCAAAGCUAAAAUGUGAUUACUAGAGGUGCUUUUAUUGGCAUGUAGUACUGAUUUUGAAAUUGUGGUUUAAGAAAAAAAUUACUUUUUGAAUUAA